AGAUAUACAUCAAGACACACUUCACCCCACCAAUAUGCCCCCUUCCUCCUUUUCAUCUGUCAGUAGACCCAAUUUUGAAUUAAGAAUCUCCACCUCUGCAAUAUCCGUGGCAGCCAGUUUAACCUUUUUCACUUAAUCCAUUAUUUAUACGCCCACACCGACCUCUACAUACCCCAACAUCAAAACCUCUCAGUAUUUAUUUAUUUUCAGUUAACCAAAAUCCAUGAUCCAGAGAAAAACAAACGAAUCCUGUAGCUGUUCUUCAGGCAAGCGAAAGAACAACAAGGAGCGUCCGUACAAGGGGAUACGGAUGAGAAAGUGGGGAAAAUGGGUGGCGGAGAUUCGGGAGCCGAAUAAGCGGUCCAGAAUAUGGUUAGGGUCGUAUUCGACACCGGUUGCAGCAGCGCGUGCGUAUGACACGGCUAUGUUUUAUCUUCGUGGGCCGUCGGCGAGGUUCAAUUUUCCGGAGUUGUUGGCGGUUGAUGGGCCGUUGGAUGAGAUGUCGGCGUCGGUCAUAAGGGAAAAAGCGAUAGAGGUUGGGGUUAGAGUGGAUGCAGAGAGGAGUUAUGUGAGUGGUUCUCAAGUGGAGUCUUGUUGGUUACAGGAGAAACCCGACUUGAAUAAGAAUCCGGAACCGGAAGAUCCAGAUGGAGAGUUCCGGUGAGGCAGAUUGGGGUUGAUUAUUUUGUUCUAAGAACUUUUUUUUUUAUUUUCUUUUUUCCGGUAUUAUGAAUUUCUAUGUUGGAAACAAUAACAAACAAAUAUUUGUAUGUUGGAAACAGAUGAAACAAUACCAAUAUCGGGAUUUUCUUCGAGCGA